GUAGGAUGGCACGCAUAUCAGCAUGAAGCUUGGUACCAGUUAGAUGCGGCUGCUGAACGCGAGAAUUUCAAGCGCAGCUUUGAUGCCUUGAACGAGUUCAUUGCCCCUGGAUCUCCUGGCGAAGGUAAGGUCGGUCUGUACAAAGGCUUCCGGCCACCCGGCGGACCCAUUCAUCACCCAAGAACUCUCGAACUUUGCCACCAAUACGGCCUUCAAUACAUCAGCGCCGCUGCUGAGCAUGCAGCAUUACAAAGCAGUCUUGCUGUGCUCCCAUAUAGGUGGCGGAACGUGGAUGCGUACUUCUACAUGGACACCUUUGGAAAAUUGCGAAUUCUGAAAGGAGAAAAUGACAGUAAGCCUAUUGGCGAGCAUGAACUGGUGCGCCGAUGGAAAGCAGACAUUGAUCACGCCAUUGAACGAGGAGAAUUCCUGUCAAUGUUGUUUCAUCCAUUCCUUACGACAAGCGAAGAAAGACUCAGUGCAAUCGAAGACGUUGUCUCUUACUUGGCACAGAAGCGCGACGAGGGUGCUAUAUGGUAGCAAGAUGUUGUGACAUCGCUGACUACGUUUGUCAAAAUCCUCACUCAGUGUCCACGGAUCCUGUAUGGGAUAAUGCAACUUGGCGAUGAGAAAAAAUACCCACCUGCACUUCGCCCUCGAAGCGUGUUCCAGCGGUCAGGCAUUUAGACGAAGGCUUUCUGAUAAGCCAUCGACGUGUAGAGCGAAUGCAUGACUACAUCUUCGCUGGACACACAGCCCCAGCCCUUGGAUUGACCUAGUGCAGCUUUCACAAACGCGUUUGCUGACCUCGCUCGGGAUUGAGCGCAGGAGCCUCAGCUGAGACUUUAGAUCGCGGACUCUGUCGACUUUCAUCUACAAGACGGAUGCGUCCAACAAGUUUGCCCCGGUCCUCGGUGCAAUCACACUAUGCCGCUACGUUUGGCGAGGCUCCAACAGGUAUCAAAUCCCAGACGAAGCUGGUGAACCAGAUGCCGCCAGUCGCGAAGGACAGGAGAACAGAUCCCACUGGUUUCCCGGCAGCUGCUAUACUACCCGGCUUCCAAGCAAUCUCCGACCUCGAAGCAAGUGCGGAAAUCGUAACAACUUCUCCAUUAGGCUGGACACCGAUGUGCCUCUUCUUGGGAAACAACUUUUGAUCCAUAAGCCGCAAGAGCUGCUCGUCCAGCUAAUAGCGCUCUGAUCGAGCCACCUUUACACUAUUUGGAAAGUCGAGACUUUUCAGACUCAUUACGCAAUCACGCUGCAACUCCUCGGCCUUGUAAUAUAUCCACAUGCAUAUAAAGACCUUGCUGUCUUGCUGGCCGACGGCCCACUCAUUCCUGCCUAUCAAGAGUCCGGAGCGGGCCGAUGCAAGAGACCCAAAAGCAUGAUGGAGCCCUACUGAUAAGGCAGUACUUCAGAGCAGUCCUUUUCCCGACAAUCUAUACCAGUCCGGCUGCGACUUUGAUCAAAUUCCCGACCUCUUCGCCCGCGGAUAGUUCACCGUUACUUCAAUUAUCUAAGACCAGCGACUUCAAGACCGAUGAUAUACUAGGCAUUGUUGGCAAGACAGAGGGCAAUGGCUGUGUGAAUGACUUCUCAAGAACGUUGUCAAGUCACGUCUGGGACGAGAUCAUCCCGAGCACCGGCAUUUCUGUCUUUUCUGGUGGGACCGAAGGAGUGCUGUCACCCCAUGUGGCGUUUAUCCUGGAGUCGAAACAGCAGACUGGAUUGAUCGCAAGCGUCUCUCGAACGUGGAAGUUGCAGCCAUGGCAGAUUGGAACUGCGGAGCAUGUGUCUUGUGUUUCUGCCACUAUACGCAAGAUGCUCGAGACUGAGAAGCUGAAAGCAGAUGAUGUACAGCUUGUUCUCAUCAAAUGCCCGCUGCUCACCAGCGAGAAAGUUGCAGCAACUCUAGCGGCUGGCCAAAAGCCGAUAACAGCGGAUACGUACGAGUCCAUGGCCUGGUCGAGAUAUGCUUCUGCGAUCGGUAUCGGUGCCGCGUUGGGAGAGGUCUCGAUGGAAGACGUUCCAACCCAUUUGCAUUCUGGCAACUUCUACACGGCGAAAGCUUCUUGCUCGUCUGGAGCGGAGCUGGACGACUGCCAUAUCCUCAUAUUGGCCAAUGAUCCAAGCAUCGACGUUGAAGCAGAACACGGCGACCCGCCUCCACUUAUUCAGGGCUUUUGCGGAGUCAUGUCAUCUGCAGUCGAUUUCGCCGGGUUGCAGGAGGUGCUGAAUCGAGCAUCGAGACCCAAAGCUCCUUAUCGAAAAGCAAAACUGCUACAAGUCUUUGCCAAAGCCGAAGCAGAUCCUACAGGAAUGGUGGCUGGCACGUACAGGCAUACAAUGUUGACAGACAGUGAUCUGCAUAGCACACGACAUGCUCGAGCUGCGGUAGGGGGUCUCAUAGCUGGCGUCACUGGCGACUGUCACAUUUAUGUUUCCGGUGGCGCAGAAGGACAAGGGCCGAAAGGUGGUGGUCCGGUUUGCGUGGUAGCUCGAUGGGAAGCAUGAGAAAAAUUUGGUAUGUAUCAGUCGAACAAAAGUUAUUGUUUUUGUGAUC